AUGAACGAAAGACAAAAGGCUGAAUUAGAAGGAAAUAAAGGAAAAAGUUUAUUUUGCAAGAUUUCACUUAAUGGAUCAUAUGGUUACGAUGCAAUGAAUACACAAAAUUACACAAAGACUAAAAUCAUAAAUGCACAGAAGUCACGCGUUGCAUGUAUGUCAAAUA